CGUCUCAAGCUGAGCUUAUUUCCCACUGCGCCGGACCUCGAUUUCUUCAGCAUCCCGCGCAACAACGGACAGUCUACUGAGACACGAUCGCCGAGACCGCUAUAUUGAAGAAUCAGCCACGUUCCCACCCUGCCACCGGCUAGCUUAACCGUUGGUCGUCCGGACAGCCCCUUAAGCAAGCACCUCCUCAACCGUCAACGAGCCCGAAUCCAAGCGGCAGCUCGUCGUUUCAAGCACCCAAACGCCAAGCUCCCUACCCCCCGAGAACAACCAAACCCGUUGCCCAACAUGGGUAUGAACCUCUUCGACCGCAUCCAGGCCAAGAUCGAGCUCUUCCGCCUCGAGCAGCGCUACACCCGCCGGCGCCAUCGCCGCUCGACCUUCGUCUCCAACGCCAUCUACGUCGACGGCGAGUACAUCUACCAGUCGCCCAACACGACCGGGUCAUCGACCAGCACCAGCAAGUCGGCCAGCACACAAUACACGACGACGCCGGUCCACAGCGUGGAGGAGCCAACCAGCAAGCAGCAGAAGAAGCUUAACAGGUGGUCGUCAAUGCCCGGGUUCGGGUCGAGCGCGAAGCCCGAGGUCAUGGGUGGGUUGCCGUCCGUGAGGGAACACGAGGACCGGAGGAAGAGGGUUAGCUUCCACGACGAGAGGGGGUAUUGAAGGAGUGUAGAGGGUUUGAGGGUUAUGAGGCUUGGUGUUUUGGAUUAACAGUCGUGGGGAGACGGGAUUCUUCCCGCGCCUUUUUCAUGGAGCGCGGUUG